GGAGCAGCGGUGCUGGCAGGAGGAGCAGCGGUGCUGGCAGGAGGAGCAGCGGUGCUGGCAGGAGGAGCAGCGCGGAGUGAAGGCGGCCGCUGAGCGCAGGACGCAAAGAGGGAAACGCUCCAAGUUUGGCCCUGAUGUCUCUGAGCGCAGGACAGAAACCAAGGAUGCUCCUCAUUUGGGAUCUAUGCUGGAUUUUACAGAUCUACAUCAUCUAUGAUUCUUCAGCUCAGCCAAUCACCUCCAGGCUGGACGGCAGCUGGUGGGCUUAUAAAGAUGUGGUCCAGGGAAGCUUCGUUCCAGUCCCAUCUUUCUGGGGUCUGGUCCACUCGGCCUGGAACCUGUGUGCCAUCGGGAAGAGGCAGUCCCCCAUCGACAUUGAAACGAGCCACAUGAUCUUUGACCCCCAGCUGACCCCUCUGAGGCUGAAUACAGGAGGGCGGAAGAUGGGUGGAACUAUGUACAACACAGGGAAGCAUGUGUCACUGCGGCCAGACAAAACACAUCUGGUUAACAUCUCUGGAGGACCUCUGAGUUACAGCUACCGACUGGAAGAGGUCCGUCUCCACUUUGGGAGUGAAGAUGCUCUCGGUUCAGAGCACCUCCUAAAUGGACAAGGCUUUCCUGGAGAGGUCCAACUGAUCCAUUAUAAUCAAGAUCUGUACGCCAACUACAGCGAGGCAGCUAAGAGCCCCCAUGGCAUUGCUGUGGUCUCCAUCUUCAUCAAGCUCUCAGAGAACUCUAACUCCUUCCUCAACCGAAUGCUCAACAGAGACACCAUCACCAGAAUUAACUACAAACAUGAUGCAUUCCUACUGAUGGGCCUGAACAUAGCAGACCUUUACCCCGACACUAUCCGCUACAUCACCUACGAGGGCUCCAUAACGGUCCCUCCCUGCUAUGAGACCUCCACUUGGAUCAUCAUCAACAAGCCAGUUUAUGUGACACAGAUGCAGAUGCACUCUCUGCGCCUUCUCAGCCAGAAUGAGCCGUAUAAGAUCUUUCUGAGUAUGAGCGACAACACGCGGCCCGCGCAGCCUUUGCUGCAGCGCUGCAUUCGGACCAACAUUAACUUCAACAAGCAGGGCCGUGACUGCCCCAACAACCGUGCCCUCCGCCCGCAGUACAGAGUUCCCAGCAUCCAUAUGGUCGUCUCAUACCCGUGGCUGCCAGGCAAUCAGCACCAAGGCAUAGGCAACACACUUGGUCAGGGCAGUAAGGCAGAUCCACACCACAGGUGA